AUGGAGGACCACUUCGAGUCGGUGGAGAAGUUGGUAACGAAACGCCUGAAAAACUUCGAUUAUAUCAAACGGGUGUACCAGGGAAGCGCCCCCUGGAUGAACACCGUCUUUCUCACCAAGGAGGACAUCUUCCAGUUCUACUCCAAGGAGAAGAAGGACGUAGUGCUCCAGGCAAGGGCGGAGCAGUGGUUCUACGUGGGCAUCAGCCUCGCCUCUGUGCUCACCCUCCAGUCCGGGCCGCCGUACGUCGAAGCGAUCUCGACGUUCUGGAACGAGUUCGAGAGCUCCCUCGACUCCAAAGGGAAAAUGAAAGAUCUGAUAUCGAGCAGCGGGAAGGACGUGCGGACGGCGGCAACGGGGUCGAGCAACAGCAACGAAUACCUCACCACCCCUAACAUCCCCUCCAAUCUGGACUAUUUCGAGGUGAUCUACACGCUCUGCGAUUUGCUCGAGCACGUCUACAAGAAGUUCAUGGCGGCCGACAUCAGCACACAGACGGCCAAGAGCAUCAUCAAGCUCGACACCCGAUUCAAGCAUCAUCUGCUGAGCCCAAUCAGCAAGGACACAACGGCGGUGGCGGUCAAUAUGCUGAAGCAGCAGAUGAACGCACUCGACUCCAUCUUUGCCAGCAGCGGCUGGGAAGAGGGCGCGGCCGACGAGUAA